AUGUCUCAUGCUGACCACACAAGAGAUCCAUGUCCAUGGGUCAUAUUAAAUGACUUUGGAGGCGCAUUUGCUAUGGGCGCUGUCGGCGGCGGUAUAUGGCACGGUAUCAAGGGCGCACGAAACUCCCCUAGGGGUGAACGUUUGGUUGGUGCCAUAUCUACCAUCAAAGCACGUGCCCCAGUUACAGGUGGCAACUUCGGCGUUUGGGGAGGCAUGUUCUCCACUUUCGAUUGUGCUGUGAAAGGUUGGCGGCAAAAGGAGGAUGCUUGGAAUGCCAUUAUUUCGGGGUUCAUGACGGGUGGAUGUUUGGCUGCAAGAAGUGGCCCAAAAUCAGCACUAGGAUCUGCAAUUGCGUGUGGUAUCCUCUUGGGUGUAUUCGAGGGUGUCGGUGUCCUUCUCUCCCGUGUGUUCAGCGAGGGUACACGACCACAGCUUCCGCAACGUACGUCACGUUGUCCGACUUUAUUCGUUGACUGA